CCUGAUGCCGACUGCGUCGAGCUGCUGCUGCAGAAGGGAGCGGAGGUCAACGCCCUGGAUGGCUACAACCGAACAGCCCUUCACUACGCGGCAGAAAAGGAUGAAACCUGCGUGGAAAUCCUCUUGGAGUAUGGGGCUAACCCCAAUGCGCUGGAUGGCAACAAGGACACCCCGCUCCACUGGGCCGCCUUCAAGAACAACGCCGAGUGCGUGCGGUCGCUGCUGGAGAAUGGCGCCUGGGUGAACGCCCGCGAUUACAACAACGACACGCCGCUCAGCUGGGCAGCCAUGAAGGGUAACCUGGAGAGCGUCAGCAUCCUGCUCGACUUCGGGGCUGAGGUCCGGGUGGUGAAUUUGAAAGGCCAAACUCCCAUCUCGCGAUUGGUGGCGUUGCUGGUUCGGGGCUUGGGUACGGAACGCGAGGAUUCCUGUUUCGAUCUUCUCCAUCGAGCUAUCGGACAUUUUGAGCUGAGAAAAAAUGGCAGCAUGCCCUGGGAAGUGACCAGGGAUCAGCAGCUCUGCGAAAAGCUCACCCUGCUCUGCUCGGCCCCCGGUACCUUACAGACGCUGUCGCGUUAUGCCGUGCGCCGCAGCCUGGGCGUGCGGUUCCUGCCGGAGGCAGUGAAGCAGCUCCCCUUGCCCACCUGCCUGAAGGAGUACGUGUUGCUCCUUAGCUAAGCGAAAGACGAGGCACCGGGGCUCUUCCGCGCCGCUGCUCGCCUCCCUUUGUCACCGCUUCCUCGAGGCAGCGCCAAGAAUGAGGUUGACUGCUUGGUUUGGGACUCGCGAGUGCCACGUUCCCCUUCCCUGGUCGCCGUCCCAGUUUUCAUCCUGCUCUGCUCUUCCUCCUGAGCUGGCGUGGGGCAGCGGGGAUCCACCAGUGCCGCUCACAGAUGGCUCCGUGAUGUCUCGCUCCCCACAACGUCUGCUCAGCGGCUCCUCCCACGUCCUCUCCCCUUGAUUUUUGGCCUCCUGAGAUGGACAAUCCCCCUUUAACAGCAAAUUAUAUCCCAGCUUUUGGAUUAACCAGGGUUUUUUUUCCCUUUUUCUUUUUGCAUUGGGGCAGACCUUGGGGAAAAGGAGGCUUUCUAGGUGUGGGGAGAACGGGGAACCCCUCCUUUGUUGAAGGACCUGAGGAAGGAAAUGAAGAGGAGGUGUUGUGGGACCCGGUACGUCCCACAGGACUUCUCCUGCUGGAAGGCUGGUGGAAAACUCCACCCUAAGCGUGCGUAGCGAGCCCGUGCGUUGUGUAACGGCGUGGGCUGGCACCUCUGCUCGGCGCUGACACCCGCCCCCAGCACAACAUCCCGCAGAUGGGGCGGAGCUGGUGUGCCCGUGGCUUGCCGAGCUUUGGGCAGAGACAAGGUGUCCCUUUUGACAUGUGGAAGUAGGGAAUUUUAUCCCCUCAUAUCUAUAAUUUUUAAGAUGCAUCAGCGCUGAAGGGGGUGGGAACUCCUCAAAACCCCAACACUUUGUGGGGCUGUAAUUCCUGCGAGCGGAGGAAACGUUUCCCUCCCUUCUCCGGAUUAGCCCUGCUCGGAGCGCGGGAUUCUCCAUGCCCCGGAGCCGAGGUUUCCCUCCCGUCUGCCACGCAAUAACGCACCCAAGCUCUUCCUCAGCUUUGGUUUUGCACCAUCAACUCACUUUUUUGGUGUUGAUUUUAUUUACGUGUGUGUGUGGCUGGGCGGAUUUCAGGAGGAGGCGUGAGGACGCGCUGGCAGUGGGGCACCAGGCCAGGACCCCCGUGGGCAGCGCCCGCGCUCUCUUCGGCAUGGCUCGCCCCCGGCGUCCCCGCGCGCGCCGUCGUGUGUUCAUGGAAAUAAACGGCUCGCCGCAUGCUGGGAGGGGUGUGUG